AUGGCUUUUAUGAGAAAAUAUCUCCUCCCCAUUCUGGGGCUCUUUUUGGCCUACUACUUCUAUUCUGCAAAGGAGGAAUUCAGACCAGAAAUGCUCCAAGGAAAGAAAGUGAUUGUCACAGGGGCCAGCAGGGGGAUUGGAGAGGAGAUGGCCUAUCAGCUGGCGAAGAUGGGAGCCCAUGUGGUGUUAACCGCGAGGUCAAAAGAAACUCUACAGAAGGUGGUAUCCCACUGCCUGGAACUGGGAGCUGCCUCGGCACAUUACUUUGCCGGCACCAUGGAGGACAUGGCCUUUGCAGAGCAAUUUAUUGUCAAAGCAGGAAAGCUAAUGGGGGGUAUAGACAUGCUCAUUCUCAACCACAUCACCAGCACGUCUUUGAACAUUUUUAAAGAUGACAUCCACCAUGUGCGGAGAAGCAUGGAGGUCAACUUCCUCAGUUACGUAGUCAUGACAGUAGCCGCCAUGCCCAUGCUGAAGCAGAGCAAUGGAAGCCUUGUUGUGGUCUCCUCGACAGCUGGUAAAAUAGCAACUCCACUGCUUGCUUCCUAUUCUGCAAGCAAAUUUGCUCUGGAUGGAUUCUUCUCUUCCAUCAGGACAGAAUAUUCAUUGACUAACAUCAAUGUAUCAAUCACUCUCUGUGUUCUUGGCCUCAUAAACACAGAGACAGCAAUGAAGGCCAUUUCUGGAAUAAUUGACAAAGACCCAGCUCCAAAGGAUGAAUGCGCCUUGGCCAUCAUCAAAGGGGGAGCCCUGCGCCAAAAGGAAGUGUAUUAUGACAAGUCACCCUGGAUUGCUCUCCUGCUGGGAAAUCCAGGCAGGCAGAUCUUGGAAUUUCUCUCCGUAUACAGUUACAAUAUGGACAAGUUUGUAAAUAAAUAG